AUCUUAAUUUACUCAAAUUCAAAAACAUUCUUUUCACGAGAGAGAGAGAGAGAGAGAGAGUGACAGAGCACGAACCCGCCAAGGAGGAAUAUGAAGUUCGUUUCAAGCUCUGGGCCAACGAUUGAGUGUGAGCUGACGAAAAUGGCAAGUAUGACCGCACAAAUUCCUACAAGCUUUGGCCAUGAGUUGAGGGCUUGUCUUCGUUGUCGCCUUGUCAAAACCUACGAUCAGUUCAGAGAGUCAGGCUGUGAGAACUGCCCAUUCUUUAAGAUAGAAGAAGAUCAGGAGCGUGUUGUUGAUUGCACUACCCCCAAUUUUAAUGGGAUUAUUUCAGUUAUGGAUUCAACCCGGAGUUGGGCUGCCCGUUGGCUGCGUAUUGGUAUGAAAAUUUGUUCCUGGUGUUUACACUCUUGCUGUCUCAGAUGCUCUUUCGGAAGAGAUGCAGGCUAUAUGUGAAGACGAGCGUGUUCAAUAUAUCCCUCCCAAACGUUUGUGAAACUCGUAAACAUUGGCUGUGACAUCUUUAACUUCAUCGAAAUUGUUAGCCUGUAUUAAUGUGAAUUUUAAUGCUAGUUGUGUUCUUAUGCAUUCUCUAAAUGCCUUGAUAAAAUUCUGAGUUCUAUGACUUGUUUUUCUUAGGAUGAAGAAGAUAUACACAGAUGACGUAUUAGUGUGUACUGAGGGAGAGAUUAUGAAUCAAACAAUAUUUUCUGUGUGGAUAGCUUGAACUAGAUAGGUGUUAUCCACCUAGAAUUGCCAAAGCUGGUAGCGUUUUUUAGGUCAGUGUCAACAGUGUGUAAGUGUUGUAGAUAAUAUCAGAGACUAUGGUGUGUUGCUGUCUUUUGAAAGGGAAACUACUGCAACUUUGGUGUUUCAUGUUGCAUGUAACUGUUUUUUUUA